UCGUAUAGUCAGUGGUAACUUGUUGCUGGGCAUCCUCAGAAAUGAAAAAGAUUCCUCUUCGCGAUAAUCUUAAGUUAGUUGGAAAACUAGUAGCUAAUGCUAUAUAAACCGAGCUUCCUCUUACAGAUAACUGUUACGUCUCCGCGCGUAAUACUAUCUUGCGCACGCGCUACAAUUGUUCCUUCUUCUCGAGGAAGUUGCAUCGUCUCUAAUUGUGCCUUGAAAUCAUUUCUUAAUUAAAACCACUGGAAUAUAUUAGUUUAUCCUUUCUUGUUUCUUUCACCUUGUUAAUAUUCCGAAACGCUUGUCGUGUGAUAUCGCAAUUGUCCCUUUUUUUCUUUUUUCUAUUUUCGUUUCGUUUUUUUUCUUGUUUUCCAUACGAUCUUAGAUAAUUCAAGAUUUUCUUUUAAAGAUUAGAACGCACAAUCUAUAUAUCUUUCGAGAACGAAUAUUUUCUAAUGCGUACUUUCACGCGCACAUAUCAAACGUAUCUAGAAUUCCAGGCUGUCUAUUAAAUACGAAGAAUCUUAUACGGCACGCGCUCGUUCGAUGUAAUAAAUGAUUUUUACUCGUAGAGAUCUCUAAACCUGACGUUCGUACUACUAUCCUCGUUUAACGUCGACUCGAAGGAGGAUCAGAAAGACGAUGGAAUCUACGAGGAUAAAAAUCCAACAAAAGAGGACGUUUCUGUUUCUUCGACGAUCAACGAGGAGCAAAUUAGUGUCAAGAACAGGACCGAUAAAGUACGAGACAUAGUGAAAUCCGCCCUGAAAAUGACCGAGAAGAGGGAACAGAUCGGUCAGGUAAUACCAAUAAUACGUAAUAUGUCGGUACGACAAAAAUUACUUAUGGCGAGAUUAAUUUCAAAGAGAAUAAACGAUAACGAAACAACACCGUCUUCUGCAACCGUGGAUGCUCGAUCUCUGUUUGGCGACAAUGAUAACAACAGAAGGAACGCUUCGAGAGCUUUGAUGUUGCCUAUCAGUGCAGAUAUCGCAAGGAUCAUUUCCGACGAUAUUUCUGGAGACGAGAUGGAAGAGGAUGAAGAAGAGGAGAUGGAAGAGGAUGAAGUUGAGAAGGAAGAAGUUGAGAAGAACGAGAAGGAUGAGGAUGCAAAGGACGAGGAGGAAGGGAAGGAGAAGAAAAAGGAUGAGGAGGUAAAGACCGAGAAGGAAAAAGAAGAAGAAGAAGAGGAUGGGAAGGAAACUGCGGAGGAAUUACCAAAGGCACAAGAGUUGCGAUCGGCAAGACCUGUCCCAAGAAGACGACCCUUUUAUCGGAUGCCGCCGCCUCCACCGGUGAAUCUAUCAACGAGAAGACCGUCUUCUCUUAACAGAAGAAACGUUUAUGCAGAUCCACCGAGAACGUCUCCAUUGAGACCAUCGAGAAAACCUUCCGAGCCAAAGAGGGUUCCCACGGAUAAGGAAUGUACUUUCUUUUCUAAAACCGUAUGCCUCGAGGCUACGGAUUAUCCGCACGAAGCGAUAACGAGGAGCUUGAGAAACAACAAAGACAUGGUGUCAGCUUUGUUGACCGAUUACAAGGUACAAGAGGGAAGAUUCGACGAUCAUUCUUCGCCUAGCCCUUUUGAAAAUCGAUACGAAAAUCGAUUUGAAAAUCGUUACGAGAGUAAUGAAAUUAAAAGAUCGGACAAUUCAUUCGAUAACGUCGAAGAAGGAUUCACAUGCCCAUCUACGGUUAAAUAUGCACGUCCACAAUUGGCUAGAGCAGCAUCUGGAAUUUGGAAAUACAUAAUAAAUACAGGAGAGCAUACUCAAACGUUACGUUUGGAGAAGUGUUCAAAUACUCGAAGUAGUUGUUCCUUCAUAUCGGAGAACUAUCGUUCUUCCUGCGUGCAAGUUUACAAUUAUCAUCGAUUGUUAACAUGGGAUUCGAAAUUAGGUCUUCAUAUGGAUAUAUUCAAGGUACCUACUUGUUGUAGUUGUCACGUUCAUGGUUAUUCCGAAAUAUUUCCACCGCAUGAAAAAGAUCCGCCGCCGAAGCCGAAAGAAAAAUUUCCUGGAGCUGAAUUUGUUACCAAUAACGAGUCAAAGGACGAUUAUCCAGAAUUGAGCAAACCUAAUCACAAUUACGUCAGUAAAUACAACAAUCCAAGUUCGAGCUACGAUUCGAAUAUCGGAUUAUCCAGUAACAAAAGACCGGUGAUCGAAACUUCGUCGACCAGCCGACCUAGUUUCACACUUCCUGGACGAACCAGAGCAAAAGGACCCUCGUCCGUUCACAGACCCUUUGAUAAAUUACCUCAACAACAUGCACCCAAUACUAGAGCUCCUGGAUACAUUGGACCAUUGAACAAGGGACACUCUUCUAGACCUACUAGACACAGACCACCGUUCAGAAGGGAGUCUCUUCAAAUGGAAGAAUUCUCUGAUAAUCCUAAUAAUAGCUCGUUGAACAGAUAUAGUCAACCGUACGAUCAAGAUACAAACGCUUCUACUAGACUACAAAAUGGUGGCUUCGACGAAGAGUAUCAUGAACCUCCAAGACGAAUCAAUUAUAACUAUCAUCCGAUCUUAGAUUUCUUUAAACCGGAGGCAUCGAUGUUGCAAUCUUCGGAAAUCAAAUUCCCAUUGCAAUUGUCCGAUGUUCCAAACGAUUCGAAUUCUUGGAAACCGAUGUUAACAUCUUAGAAUAUCUCGUUAUCUUUUAUCAGUAC